AUGUUACUUACCGUACUCGGAGUUAUUGCUCUCUUCCUGAGAGAAAGAAACACCAACAACACUGAAGAAGAGGGCCAGAAAGAUGUACCACCUGUGAGGAACAGUGACGGUCGAGAAAUUGAUGACUGUGAAGAACCAUCACUGGAGGAGCCUGUCAGUGUUCACAGUGAAGAACCAUCACUGGAGGAGCCUGUCAGUGUUCACAGUGAAGAACCAUCACCAGAGGAGCCUGUCAGUGUUCACAGUGAAGAACCAUCACUGGAGGAGCCUGUCAGUGUUCACAGUGAAGAACCAUCACUAGUAGAGCCUGUCAGUAUUCACAGUGAAGAACCAUCACUGGAGGAGCCUGUCAGUGUUCACAGUGAGGAACCAUCACUGGAGGAGCCUGUCAGUGUUCACAGUGAGGAACCAUCACUGGAGGAGCCUGUCAGUGUUCACAGUGAGGAACCAUCACCGGAGGAGCCUGUCAGUGUUCACAGUGAAGAACCAUCACCGGAGGAGCCUGUCAGUGUUCACAGUGAGGAACCAUCACUAGUAGAGCCUGUCAGUGUUCACAGUGAGGAACCAUCACUAGUAGAGCCUGUCAGUGUUCACAGUGAGGAACCAUCACUGGAGGAGCCUGUCAGUGUUCACAGUGAGGAACCAUCACUAGUAGAGUCUUCAAGCUUCUUAACUGCUGAGUCUGGCUGUGGAGAUGAUGAACCUUUAUAUGUUGUCUCUGCUGAACCUGAGAUAUUGAUGAAGGACAAAGAGACACAAAUCAUUGAGAUCAAUUCCCACUGCUAUGAAAUUGAAGCUCAGCUGGGUGAAGGAGGCUGUGGAGCAGUUUUCGCAGGGACCCGUAUAGAAGAUGGUCUUCAGGUGGCAGUAAAAGUGUCUGAUUUCGAGAAGGAGAAGCGAUUCAUCAGUGUCGAUGGGUUUGAAAAUCCACUUCCACUGGAGAUUGCUCUGCACUUUCUUGCCAAUAAAGGCCCCAAGAUUAAGGAAAUCAUCGAGCUUCUGGACUGGAAGGUGGAUGCUGAUAACUACUUUAUGGUGCUAGAGCAGCCCAUACCCUGCAUCAGCUUGUAUGCUUUCCUUAUCGACUGCAAAGGCAUUGUUCCAGAGGACAAGUUACGAAAGAUCAUGUUCCAGACAACAAUUGCAGCCCAAACAUGCUGCCAGCGUGGAGUUCUUCAUCGUGAUAUCAAGCUGGAGAACUUGCUGAUUAACCCGGACACCCUUGAGGUCAAACUGAUUGACUUCGGGUGCGGCGACCUCCUUACUGAGGACAGUUACCAAUCCAUUAGAGGCACCAGAGAGUACUUCCCUCCCGAGUUUGCAUCAACUGGAAGAUACCACGGGGAACCAGCGACAGUCUGGUCACUUGGAGUUGUUCUGUUUUUGCUAGUUUUCUACAGAUAUCCAGAACAAAGUGACUUGCCCAGAAUGAACGACAGAAGGUUGAGGAUUAAAGGCUUGUCAAGAGACGGCUGCGAUUUCUUCCACGGCUGUCUGCAGUUCGACUACAAGGAUCGGCUUGAACUGCAAAACCUCAGUUCCCAUAAGUGGUUUAGGGUAUUGAAUACAUUUUGA